AUCUGUAUGGGGUGAUCUAGCUACUACCAUUUGCACCGCUAGUCAGAGUGACAGUUUAGUUAACAAAGUUGUUUGGUAGUUCUAACUAUCGCUAGCAGUAGAUUGUGUUUUGAAUAGCUGAGUGGAACAAUCAUCUGUUGGGACCAACCAUCAGCUGCACAAACUAAGUACCGUAUUGGCUGGCGCUGUUGAGAGAUGUCUAAAGAGAAGUCAAAAGAAAAGAAGAAAAAGUCGAAAGAAGGUGGUUGCUGCGCUUGCUGUCAGUGCCAGUGCAAGAAGUGCUGUCGCUCCUUCAUGUGGUUCAUCUUCCUGGUCUGCGUGGCCUGGUGGCUCAGUCUGGCAGCUGCCACCAUAUACUGCUGUAUCGCUCCCUACGCCGCCUGCUAUGAAAAGCCCAAAAACUGUACCACAGUACUAGUGAAGGUCAUACAGGCGCCGUACUAUGUCACCACUUUCAUGAUGGGCGGUAAGAGCAUAAAACAGGCUGCAGUAUCUUACGUUGUGUAUGCGUAACUGCUAUAUGCACAUCUGCAUGCAUGUGACGCUAUGUUAUACACUAAUGUCUGUUAUCCUGUUCUUUGUUACAAUUUGGCUACCCAUGCAUGUGGAUGCUUUUGUGUAAUUAUCACUCUAUU